UGACUUUCGGACGGCAAGUCAGCUCCGUCUCUGCCCGUAGCCAGCUAGCCUCAUAGCCAGGCCACUGGAAGAUGGCGACGGAUAAGUCGAAGCAUGAAGGAAGAGUCAAAAUUGGCCAUUACAUCCUCGGAGACACUCUCGGCGUCGGGACAUUCGGCAAGGUUAAAGUUGGGCAGCAUGAGCUGACCAAACACCAGGUAGCUGUGAAGAUCCUCAACAGGCAGAAGAUCCGCAGUUUGGACGUGGUGGGAAAGAUCCGUAGGGAGAUCCAGAACCUCAAGCUUUUCAGGCACCCUCACAUAAUUAAAUUGUAUCAGGUCAUCAGCACCCCUACAGAUAUCUUCAUGGUAAUGGAGUAUGUCUCAGGAGGAGAGCUCUUUGACUACAUCUGCAAAAAUGGAAAGUUGGAUGAGAAAGAGAGUCGUCGGCUAUUUCAGCAGAUUAUCUCAGCAGUAGACUAUUGUCACAGGCACAUGGUGGUACAUCGAGACCUCAAGCCAGAGAAUGUCUUGCUUGAUGCCCAGAUGAAUGCCAAGAUUGCAGAUUUUGGUUUGUCAAACAUGAUGUCAGAUGGCGAAUUUCUGCGAACAAGCUGUGGUUCUCCAAACUACGCUGCCCCUGAAGUCAUCUCAGGAAGGCUGUAUGCUGGACCAGAGGUGGAUAUCUGGAGCAGUGGGGUUAUCCUUUAUGCCUUGUUAUGUGGGACACUCCCCUUUGAUGAUGAUCAUGUGCCAACACUCUUCAAGAAGAUCUGUGAUGGGAUCUUCUUCACACCACAGUAUCUGAACCCCUCUGUUAUAAGUCUUCUUAAACACAUGCUGCAAGUGGACCCAAUGAAGAGAGCCACCAUAAAAGAGAUCAGGGAGGAUCGAUGGUUCAAAGAGGACCUACCCAAGUACCUAUUCCCAGAGGACCCCUCCUACAGUAACAACAUGAUUGAUGAUGAAGCCCUGAAGGAAGUAUGUGAAAAGUUUGAGUGCACUGAAGAGGAGGUCCUGACCUGCCUGUAUAGUCGUAACCACCAGGACCCAUUGGCUGUUGCCUACCACCUCAUUAUUGACAACCGUCGCAUUAUGAGUGAGGCCAAGGACUUCUACCUGGCAUCCAGCCCUCCUGACUCAUUCUUGGACGACCAGCACCUGACCGCCUCUGGAGCAGCUGUCGCAGGCCAUCUCAAGCCCCACCCUGAGCGUGUACCCUUCCUGGUGGCAGAAAUUCCUCCCAGGCCUCGCCAUACACUGGAUGAGCUGAACCCACAGAAGUCUAAGCACCAGGGUGUUAGAAGGGCCAAGUGGCACCUGGGUAUCCGUAGUCAGAGCAGGCCUAAUGACAUUAUGUCCGAGGUGUGCCGUGCCAUGAAACAACUGGACUAUGAGUGGAAGGUUGUGAACCCAUACUACUUGCGUGUGAGGAGGAAGAACCCAAUUACGGGUAUGCAAACCAAGAUGAGUCUCCAGCUCUACCAGGUGGACAGCAGAACCUACCUCCUUGAUUUCCGUAGCAUAGACGAUGACAUGUUGGAGACUAAAUCUGGAACGGCCACCCCACAUCGAUCUGGGUCUGUAGGCAACUACCGCACAACCAUUAAGAACGAUAUUGAUGGAGGAGAGGGAAAGGGGGACGCUCCGGCUAUACCCACUCCUGUGCACCCCACCAAGGCCUCAGAAGGUUCCCUAGCUUCAUCAUUGACUUCAUCCGUUGACUCGACAGGAGGGGUAGACAGUACAUCUUACCCUAGGCCGGGUAGCCACACUAUUGAGUUCUUUGAGAUGUGCGCCAAUCUUAUCAAACUACUUGCACGAUAGCUCGUAAAACAAUCUCUAGCCUCUUUUUCCUCUUCAAGUGUCUUUUAUAGCAAUAAGCAUGCAGCCGAUUCAUGGCCCAGUUCAUCCCCUGUGAAGAUGAGCUGAUUGUUCCAUGGCACUGAUGAAGGUUGGCAUCCCCCAGGGAUGGGCAGUAUGAUCCAGAAAGGGCUGGUGUGGGUGCAGGUCUUUGUUCCAACCAAGCAGUUAGACAACUGAGUCUACAAAUCAAGGUCCUUAGCAAAUACUGUUGGUUGACUAAUAGAAUCAGGUGUGUAAGUGCUUGGUUAGAACAAGAAUAUUGGUUGACUAAUGGAAUCAGGUGUGUAACUGCUUGCUGGGAACAAAGAUCUGCCCCCACACCAGCCCUUUCUGGAUCAUGUUGCCCAUCCCUGCCCUAAGCUGAUGGCACAGCUAUGAAGCUGACAGGGAAUGAUUGGGGUAUAGAGAGAGAUUACAAGCUACUUAAUAGCUAUGACAUAACAUCAUGUAAGAGAUGGUUUUUCUCAUUUUUCAUCAUCAAUUUUGUUAGCUGAUUUAACAGCCUCCCCCACCCCCAACACACCCUACCCCUUACAUAUGCAGUCAGGUCCAUAAAUAUUUUGGACACUGAAAAAGUUAUUAUUUUAGCUGUCUAGCACAGCAUUUCGGAGUUGAAAUUAAAUGUUGAAUAUGAGCUCAAAGUGCAGACUUUCACCUUUAGAAUACCCUCUUCACUUUCCCUCAAAUGGGUCCUCAUUAAAGGAUUUAAAGUGUACUCUUCUUCUUCUCCUUCUUCCUUUUCUUCUUUAUCUUCUUCAUCUUCUUCUGUUUCGAGUUAUUUGUAAUCCAAGUGAGAAAAAGAGUUGUAUAAUGCAUCUGAAAGAAUGCAUAAACACAGUAGAGCGAACAAACACCAAACAUUAAAAAAUAAUUUUAAAAAAAAGAUUUCUAGUAAAAAAAAAAAAAGCGUAGCUAAAAAACCGGCUGAAGUAAACAGCAUUUCCUUCAAUUGUCAUCCCUCAUACUACUACUGUGUUUUCUUUGUCCUCUUUACUUGCCCUCCAAUGGGUCCUCGUUAAAGGAUUGAAAGUAUUCAUCAUUCCGGUUUCCCCACCAUCAAAAAGACAUGCAUGUUAGGGUUUAUGCUCCUGUCUGUGACCCUGACCGAGGCAUGGCAAGAUGAACUGGAGUUGGUCCCCGGGUGCUGCACGGCGGCUGCCCACUGCUCCUAGCUACACAGCUAGGAUGGGUUAAAUGCAGAGCGUAAUUUCCCCACGGUGAUCAAUAUAGCAUAUCAAAAGAAAAAAAAGAAAAAAAAUCCAAUUACAGGGCCUCGAAAGAGUGCUGUAUUUUUCGUCACUACAUCCCCGAGUCAGGAGUGGGUAAUUUGCGCGCUUGCUGCCUUCCUUAGAUGUGGUAGCCGUUUCUUGGGCUCCAUCUCCGGAAUCGAACCCUGAUUCCCUGUUACCUGUGGUCACCAUGGUAGGCACAGAAAGUACCAUCGAAAGUUGAUAGGGCAGACAUUCAAACGAGAUGUUGCUGCUGCGGAGGGCAGGCGAUCGGCCCGAGGUUAUUUAGAGUUAGCCAAGUGGUCCAUGGCGCUGUGUUACAGGGCGCCCCGCGAGGGUACUACUUCUACUUCUUCUUCAAGUAAGCAGAUAAAAGGUCUAGAUUUGAUUUCAAGUGUGACAUUUGCACUUGGGAUCUGUUAUUAACUCUCAACAUGAUGAAGUCCGAAGAGCUGUCACUGCAAUUCAAGUAAUCCGUCAUUAAACAAACCCGUCACAGAGACACAAUAUUUUUGACAAAAACCUUAAAGCUGAAAGUCUACACUUAAAGAAUGUCUUGAUUGUUUCAUUUUAAAUCAAUUGUGGCGGUGUACAGAGCCAAAGUGAUGAAAAUUAUCACUGUCCAAAUACUUAAUGGACCUGACUGCAUAUAUGUCUUGGGUGAUUACACUGAAAUUUCUGUGCUGGACCCAGUGCACAUUGUGCAUUUUCAGUACACAGAAUAGAAGCAAAUAUGUUGAGGCUGGGUUACUGAGGCGACCAUGUUGUAGAAUCCAGGAAGCACUUUUGCACAGUUUGUUUUAUUUCCUGCUGCUCUGUUUUUUCUCUCAGUGGAGAUCAGAGAAGGGGUACAGAUGUUGUGGCACACUGUACUAGCUCCUAUAAUGAGGCUGAUCAUCCCAGUUAUGCUUUUUAGACUCUGAAGAAGUGCAAUGACCCCUGUAAUUUGUACAGUGUGUGUCGGGAAGGGAAAAAAAAGAGCUUCAUUGGAAUUGUUUGUUUUUUUAUUUUUUGAAUAGAUUUCCAUGCUAUUACCCUUGUUUGUAAACUUUUUCCGUUUGAAUUUGUCCCGUACCUU